UGAACUUAUUUAGAAACUGUGGCCCCAUCUAGAUGGCUACGUUUUACGAGGAGGACGACGGUGACGCAACGGAUUAUUCAUAUGGUCUAGAUGACAAUAGCGAUGGAGAAUCUAGACCUACGGUGGUGCUUAUGGGCCAGAAGAGGAGUGGUAAAACCUCUAUACGAAAAGUGGUUUUCCAAAAGAUGUCACCCAAUGAAACAUUAUUCGUGGAAAGCACUGCAAGAGUUACGAAGGACGUAAUCGCGUCAUCCUUCAUCAAUUUCGAAACGUUGGAAUUUCCCGGUCAAAUGGAUCCUUUUGAUAGUUCCCUUGAUCCUGUAGCUACUUUCAAAAGAUGCGGAGCUCUUCUUUUUAUUGUGGAUGCUCAAGACGAGUAUGUGGAUUCACUAAAGAAGAUGUCCGAAAACUUUACGCAGGCGUUCCGAAUAAAUCCAAAUAUCAAAUUCGAAGUCUUCAUACAUAAGGCUGAUGGGUUGACUGAAGAGAGCAGGGUUGAUGCACAAUAUGACAUCUAUCACAGGGUCAAGUGUGAGCUUGCCGAGCAAGGACUGGAAGACUUCAAUGUGACUUUUCAUCUCACGUCUAUUUACGAUCACUCUAUCUUCGAAGCGUUCUCGAAGGUUGUGCAAAAUCUUGUGAAACGACUGCCUACCUUGGAGCGGUUACUUGAUAUUUUCAAUCAGGGUUCAAAUGUGGAGAAAUCCUUUUUGUUCGAUGUGGCCUCGAAGAUCUACAUAGCUACCGACACCACACCCGUUGAAAUGGCAGCUUAUGAGUUAUGCUGCGAUAUGAUAGAUGUUACCAUAGACAUAUCUGGCAUAUAUGGAGCCAAAGAAAAUGACGGAGAAGUCCAAAAUCCUUUCGACGACAACUCCUAUGCCGUCAUUCGGCUAAAGACUGAUCAGGUGAUGUUCCUUCGCCAGCUGAACAAACAUCUUGCUUUAGUAUGCGUUAUAAGGGGUGAAAAUUUUGAGAAGCAAGGUCUGAUAGAUUACAACUUCAACUGCUUCAAAGAGGGCAUCGAGAAUGUGUUUAUGGUCCGGAAGCAUAUUCAAGAAGGAUCGAAACAUCAUACUUGAUAAAAAGAAUAACUAGAUGUACAGGUUCAAGACUUACUGACGAAUUGUGAUCGCCUUGCCUUACUUUGUUUGACAUUAUCUUCUUUGAUGCUUAUUUGAUUUGUGGUCGUGGUCUUCUCAACUCAAGCACAGUUUUACUUUAUGCUUUGUACAACAUUCUUUGCUAGAUCAUCUUUCAUUCUGCAGUUGCACUGAUAUUCCCGCGCACACGUUGCGGAGCAUUUUGGACCACGUGUUGAACGGGUUGUGCAUGCGAUUUUUUUCGGAAUGUUUUAUCGUUUUAUGUAUACCAUAUGCCCUUUCAGCUGUUGUAAUACUCAAGCAAUCAUUGAAACUUACUUCUCAUGAUGUCUGCAAAGUUUUAGUUAGGACCUUUACCAGUUGUUAUUGUACGUACUUCUUUCCGAUCUGUUUUAGUUUUAUCUCAUCUAGUUUCCAUCCGUUAAUGCUUAUACUUGCUCAAAUUAUGCGCCAUCAAAAAGAAUGUUUGAGGUAUCAGUAGAAAAGAAAGCGCAUCAGAUUAUGACAGAUAUUUUAUUAUUGUAUGGAGUCCUUUCUCAGAUGUAAUUAUAUUUGACAUAAAUUCUUGCAGUCA